AUGAUCGCUUUCAGCACCGCCGCGGUCGCCCUCGGCCUGCGUUUUCUCCUCAGCGCCGCUCCCGCCCACGCCGCGCCCACGCCCGGCACCAUCCUUGAGGCCGGCGUGAGCGUUGCUGGCAUCGACGCCGACGUCACCGUUGGCGCCUCGGACGCUGCCGCCGCCGCCUCGAGCUACUGGCUCGCCAACAUCAAGCGCCAGGGCACCGUUGCGUACGGCAGCGCAGACUACAAGGUCUUCCGCAAUGUCAAGGACUACGGCGCUACCGGCGAUGGCUCUACCGACGACACCGCUGCCAUCAACACGGCCAUCAGUGACGGUAACCGCUGCGGCAACAACUGUGACUCGACCACCGUGACCCCUGCGCUUGUCUAUUUCCCCCCUGGAACCUAUGUUGUCAGCAAGCCCAUCAUCCCGUACUACUACACGCAGCUUGUUGGCGACAUCACGGACCUUCCCGUCAUCAAGGGCUCUGCCAGCUUCGCUGGCAUGGCCCUCAUUGACGCUGAUCCCUACAAUGACGACGGCUCCAACUGGUACACCAACCAGAACAACUUCUUCCGCCAGGUCCGCAACUUCGUCAUCGACCUCACUGGCAUGCCCGAGAGCUCCGGUGCUGGCAUCCACUGGCAGGUCGCCCAGGCCACCAGUCUCCAGAACAUCCGUUUCGAGAUGCUUCCCAAGAGCGCUACCAACAAGCAGCAAGGCAUCUUCAUGGACAACGGCUCCGGUGGCUUCAUGACGGAUCUGACCUUCAACGGUGGCAACUACGGUGCUUUCCUCGGCAGCCAGCAAUUCACCACCCGCAACCUGACCUUCAAUGGCCAAAACACCGCUGUCUUCAUGAACUGGAACUGGCUCUGGACCUUCCACGGCCUCAACAUCAACAACUGUGAUGUCGGAAUUGACAUGGCCAACUCCCCGUCCAACCAGACCGUCGGUUCCGUCAUUGUCCUCGAUAGCACCUUCACCGGCACUCCGCUCGGCGUCAACACCUCCUUCUCCGAGAACAGCGUCCCUGCCACCGGCGGUACUCUCGUCCUCGAGAACGUUGACUUCUCUGGUAGCCAGACCGCUGUCCUCUCUGCUGGCACUGCCGCUCUGGCCGGUGGUUCUACCGUCAAGUCUUGGGUCCAGGGCAAGGAGUACAUUGCCGACCAGGGUAGCCGCAUCCAGAAGGAGGUGGACUUCACCAGGCCCACCCCUCUUCUCAACGAUGCAGGCGAUAUUUUCACUCGGUCGAAGCCGCAGUACGGCGGUUACGACUCCAGCGCUUUCGUCAGCAUCAAGGAUGCGGGCGCCAAGGGUGACGGCACUACCGAUGACACGGCUGCCAUUCAGGCGGCUAUCGACGCCCUGACUGAUCAGCAGAUCCUUUACUUCGACCAUGGUGCUUACCUGAUCAGCGACACCGUUACCAUUCCCGGCAGCAAGAACAUCAAGAUCACGGGUGAGAUCUUGCCCAUGCUGCUUGCCACCGGCGACAAGUUCAGCGAUCAGAACAACCCCAUCCCUGCUAUCAAGGUUGGCGAGAAGAACUCGACUGGCAGCGUUGAGAUGAGCGACUUCAUCAUUGGAUCUCGCGGUCCCGCCCCUGGAGCCAUCCUGCUGCAGUGGAACAUGGAGUCUGAGCCUGGUGCGGGUGGUCUCUGGGAUGUGCACUUCCGUGUUGGCGGUUACACGGGCUCUGAGCUCCAGUCCGACACGUGUGCCAAGAACCCCAACUCCACCCACGAUGCCAACCCCGACUGCGAGGGUGUCUUCUUGAUGUUCCACGCUUCUGAGACGGCCAGUGUCUACGUUGAGAACUGCUGGUUCUGGGUUGCUGACCACGAGCUUGACCUUUCGGACCACAACCAGAUCGACAUCUACAGCGCCCGUGGUGUCCUCAUUGAAUCCACCAACCCGGUGUGGCUGUGGGGUACCGCUUCGGAGCACAGCGUCAUGUACAACUACCAACUCGUUGGCGCUAAGAAUGUCUUCCUGGGCGCCAUUCAGACCGAGACGCCAUACUACCAGUCCAACCCGGAUGCCACGAAGCCGUUCACUGUGCAGUCUUCCUGGUCCGACCCCGACUUCAGCAGCGCUUCUGCAACCGGUGGCAAGAAGGCGUGGGGUGUCCGCUUCAUCGACAGCCAGGACGUCGUCGUCGCCGGUGGUGGACUGUACUCGUUCUUUGAGAACUAUGAGCAGACUUGCGUUUCGGCCAACGACUGCCAGAACAACAUGGUGUCGUACGAGGGAACCAACUCCAACGUCCAGCUGUUUGGUCUUUCGACCAAGGCUUCGGUCAACAUGGUCACCGUCCAGGGCACCGGCGUCGUCAAGGAUGCUGACAACCGCAGCAACUUCUGCGCCACGAUCGGCCACUUUGCCGAGUCCUAG